GCGGGGCAGAAUGGCGGCAGCGGCGUCCACGGACUCGUCUUCCGGCGGCGGCCCUGGGGCCGUGAGGCUGCCGCGGUCGCCGCCGCUCAAGGUGCUGGCGGAGCAGCUGCGGCGCGACGCGGAGGGCGGCCCGGGAGCGUGGCGGCUGUCGCGGGCGGCGGCGGGGCGCGAACCGCUGGAGCUGGCGGCCGUGUGGAUGCAGGGCACGGUGGAGACGGCGGGCGGCGGUGAGGCGCGGCUGCGGGACCCGAGCGGGGCCUUCUCGGUGCGCGGCCUGGAACGGGUGCCGCGCGGGCGGCCUUGCCUCGUGCCAGGAAAGUAUGUGAUGGUGAUGGGAGUGGUUCAGGCCUGCAGCCCUGAGCCCUGCCUGCAGGCUGUGAAGAUGACGGACCUUUCCGAUAAUCCACUCCACGAGAGCAUGUGGGAGCUGGAAGUGGAAGAUUUACACAGGAAUAUUCCUUAGAUGGUGUGGGAACCGUCCAUAAAAGCAGCCGAAACACUGAAACAGCUCCGGUUCUUAUACCAUCUGGAUUUCAUGGCCACCACUCAGUAUACAUUUCUCAAAAGCAUAUCUGAGAGCUUAGCUCCAAGG